AUGCCACUGACACCCAUUCACCAGUCGACUUGUGCCAGGCUUCCCAAUAGCAACAGCCCCGUUACAUCGGUAGCAAGUAACGACAUCCGUUGCAACGCCAACCACGGACCAGCAGCCUCAAAAUGCAGUGUCCCUGCUGGUGGCACUGUAACUGUAGAGAUGCAUCAGCAGAAUGGCGACCGAUCUUGCGCGAACGAGGCCAUUGGUGGUGCCCACUACGGCCCUGUGCUUGUCUAUAUGUCCAAAGUCGCAGAUGCAUCCACAGCUGAUGGCUCCACUCCGUUCUUCAAAGUCUUCCAGGAUACAUGGGCGAAGAACACUGCUGGCGGCGGCGGCUCGGACGAUUAUUGGGGUACGAAGGACCUGAAUAAAAACUGCGGAAAGAUGGACGUGAAGAUUCCCACAGAUCUGGCCCCAGGAGACUAUCUGCUAAGAGCGGAAGCCAUUGCGUUGCAUGCUGCAUCUGGUGCUGGCGGCGCUCAAUUCUACAUUACCUGCUACCAAAUCACUGUGACUGGUGGUGGUUCGUCUUCGCCUGCUGGUGUGGCUUUCCCCGGAGCAUACAAAGCUACCGACCCUGGCAUCCAGAUCAACAUCUACCAGAACCUCGCAUCGUAUGUCGCCCCCGGUCCGGCAGUCAUCGCAGGCGGUACUGAAGCCGUUGCUGGAUCCGCUGGAUCCGCUGUGACUGCUACUGGUGGAGCCCCAGUUGCCACAUCUACAGCAACCACGAUGAAGACAUCUACAGUAGCCACAUCUGCUGCCGCUGUGCCAACGAGUGGAGGUGGUGCUGGAGCAUGCUCAGUUGCAAAGUACGGCCAGUGCGGCGGAAAUGGAUACAGUGGAUGCAAAACCUGUGCUUCAGGACUUACCUGCAAGGCUGGAGGUGACUAUUAUUCACAGUGCGUCUGA